CCCCCAAAAUAGGAAGCGUUAAAGCAAAGAGCACCCUCUCCUCACUCCUCUCACCUCUCUCUCUCUCUCUCUCUCUCUCUCGAUUGCUCGACCGUGAUCGAUCUCGAUCGGUAUAGAUUUUCGUUUUGGAUACGUUCGGAAAUUUGAAGCGGAGGCGGGGUGUCUGAGCGAGGAAUAUGAGCAAUUCUUUGGGACAUUGCUUACCGCAACAAGCUCUGUGCCGGCCUUCUGUUGUAGAAUCUCAAAGUAGAGCCCAAAACGGGAGCUCUGCGAGCUUGCUGUGUGGCAUUCCAUCUCCAUUAAGAGCAGAGAUUGCUGCAAACCAUUCAAAGCAACAGCUCUCCACGCGAUUUCUUGGCAACAAGCUUAGUGCGUCAACAACAAGAUUAUUGCAUAGAAAGCAUAGACCAGUUUUCAUGGUUCCUCGCGCUGCACUGGUCGCAGACCAUGCAUCGGAGCUUAUGAACAAAUUCAAGCUGGAUUCAAAUUCGGAACUUCAGGUUGCUGUUAGCGCCCCAUCUUCAGGUUUGCCAAAACAGAUUGACCUUCUUGUUACCAAUAGCAGCAGCUCGCUAGUUCUUCAUUGGGGUGUCAUUCGGGUGGGGAGAAAGAACUGGUUUCUUCCUUCACGCAGGCCUGAGGGAACCAGAGUAUAUAAAAACAAAGCUCUCAGGACACCUUUUGUGAAAUCUGGUUCCAACUCUUUGCUGAAAAUAGAGAUUGACGAUCCUGACGUACAAGUAGUUGAGUUUCUAAUGCUCGAUGAAGCAGAUAACAAAUGGUUCAAAUAUAAUGGCCAGAAUUUCCAAGUUCAGUUAUCAGGAAACAAGCGUGAAGAUCAAAGCCCUCCUGUUAUUGAGAUUAGUAAUGUAACCGUACCAGAAGAUCUUGUGCAAAUCCAAGCAUAUAUUAGGUGGGAAAGAAAGGGAAAGCAGAUGUAUACGCCAGAUCAGGAGAAGGAGGAAUAUGAAGCAGCACGAGCUGAUUUACUUGAGGAGGUUAAGAGAGGUGUUUCUGUGGAGGAACUCCGAGCAAAGAUGACAAAAAAGCCCAAGGCUGAAGAAAGUAAAACAAAGGAGUCUGCAACUGUUAGGCCUGAAGUUCCAAAUGACCUUGUGCAAGUGCAGGCCUACAUUCGAUGGGAAAAAGCUGGGAAACCAAACUAUCCUCCGGAGAAGCAAACUCAAGAAUUUGCGGAAGCACGGAAAGAGUUGCAACUUGAGCUAGACAAAGGAAUUACGCUCAGUGAGCUAAAGAACAAAAUCUUGAAAGGGGACAUACAAAGUAAAGUCUCUAGACAGCUGAAGACUAAAAAAUACUUCUCUAUAGAAAGAGUACAACGCAAAAGGAGGGAUAUCAUGCAGCUUAUCAGCAAAUAUGCUCCCGAAACCGAAACAAUAAUAGAGAAAGUCGUCGCCCCUUCAAAAGCCCCAACAGUUCUAGACUUCAUUUCAAAGGCUGUAGAGGAGCAGAAUGGUUGUGUUGUUCUUAACAAGAAAGUUUUUAAGCUGGAUGAUAAGGAGCUUCUGGCAAUUGUUACCAAUGUUCUGGGUAAGACAAAAGUUUGUUUGGCUACAGAUAGAAAAGGACCUCUUAUCCUUCACUGGGCGCUAUCAAAGAAAGCUGGAGAGUGGAUGGCACCUUCUUUGGAAACGUUGCCUUUAGGUUCAUCAUUGCUAGAAAAGGCAUGUGAGACACCAUUUAGUGAGGCUUCCAUCGAAGGUUUACUUUACCAGAGUGUUGAAAUUGAGCUUGAUGAUGGGAACUACAAGGGAUUGCCUUUUGUUCUUCAGUCUGAUGGAACAUGGAUAAAGAAUAGCGGUUCUGAUUUUUAUGUUGAAUUUACAAGUGAAACUAGCAAGAUUAGAAAGGACACUGGUGAUGGCAGCGGCACUGCAAAGGCCUUGCUCGAGAGAAUAGCAGAAUUGGAGACUGAUGCCGAGAGAUCUCUUAUGCAUAGAUUCAAUAUUGCAGCAGAUCUAGCUGAGCAAGCCAGAGAAGCUGGACAGUUGGGUCUUGCUGGAAUUCUUGUUUGGAUGAGAUUUAUGGCCACUAGACAACUCGUAUGGAAUAAGAACUACAAUGUGAAGCCACGUGAGAUUAGUAAAACUCAAGAUAGGCUAACGGAUCUGCUUCAGAAUAUGUACAAAGACCAUCCUCAGUACAGGGAGAUCGUAAGGAUGAUAAUGUCCACUGUUGGGCGUGGAGGUGAAGGUGAUGUUGGCCAACGCAUUCGUGAUGAGAUCUUAGUAAUCCAGAGAAAUAAUGCCUGCAAAGGUGGAAUGAUGGAGGAAUGGCAUCAGAAGCUACACAAUAACACAAGCCCAGAUGAUGUUGUCAUCUGUCAGGCAGUAAUUGAUUAUAUUAAUAGUGAUUUUGAUAUCAAUGUUUACUGGGACACUUUGAAAAAGAAUGGCAUCACAAAGGAACGUUUAUUAAGCUAUGAUCGAGCUAUCCACUCAGAGCCUAAUUUCAGGCGUGAACAGAAGGAGGGUUUGCUGCGUGAUCUAGGAAACUACUUAAGGACUCUGAAGGCAGUUCACUCAGGGGCAGAUCUUGAAUCAGCUAUUGCAACCUGUAUGGGAUACAAAACUGAGGGUCAAGGCUUCAUGGUUGGGGUUAAGAUAAAUCCAAUAAAGGGUCUGCCAUCUGGCUUUCCUAUCUUGCUGGAAUUUAUACUAGAUCAUCUUGAAGAUAAAAUGGUGGAACCUUUGCUUGAGGGUUUGCUGGAGGCGCGAGUUGAACUGCGACCAUUAUUGUUUGGUGCCCAGGAACGUUUGAAGGAUCUUAUCUUCUUGGAUAUUGCUCUUGAUUCUACUGUUAGAACAGCAAUUGAGAGGGGAUAUGAGGAGUUGAACAGUGCUGACCCUCAGAAAAUUAUGUACUUUAUCAGUCUAGUUGUUGAAAAUCUUGCACUGUCUACCGAUGACAAUGAGGAUCUCAUUUACUGCUUAAAGGGAUGGAAUCAUGCCCUGGAGAUGUCUAAGCAAAAAGAUGAUCAGUGGGCUCUGUAUGCAAAGGCAUUUCUUGAUCGAACCAGACUGGCCCUUUCAACCAAGGGAGAGCAGUACCAUCGGAUUCUGCAGCCAUCAGCUGAAUACCUGGGCUCAUUGCUCGGAGUUGACAAGGGGGCUGUUAGCAUAUUCACUGAAGAAGUUAUUCGUAGUGGAUCGGCUGCUUCUUUAUCUGCACUUCUCAAUCGGCUUGAUCCUGUUCUACGAAAUGUGGCACAUCUUGGAAGCUGGCAGAUUAUAAGCCCUGUGGAAGUAGCUGGAUAUGUUGAGGUUGUAGAUGAAUUGCUUGCUGUUCAGAAUAAAUCUUAUGGAAGACCAACUAUUUUAGUGGCAAAAAGUGUCAAGGGAGAGGAGGAAAUACCAGAUGGCGUGGUUGCUGUCCUUACACCAGAUAUGCCGGAUGUUCUGUCUCAUGUUUCAGUGCGAGCAAGAAAUAGCAAGGUAUGCUUUGCUACAUGCUUUGACCCGAACAUUCUGUCUGAAUUCCAAAGAAAUGAAGGAAAACUACUUUCUUUGAGACCUACUUCUGCAGAUAUUGUACAUAGAGAGAUACAGGAGAGAGAACUGUCUAAUUCGAGUUCUUCGGACGUGAGAGAUGAUCAAUCUUCACCCUCUCUGACUUUAGUCAAGAAGCACUUCACGGGCAGAUAUGCCAUUUCUGCUGAGGAAUUCACCAGCGAUAUGGUUGGAGCUAAAUCACGGAAUAUUUCUUAUUUGAAAGGAAAAGUGCCUUCAUGGGUUGGAAUUCCAACAUCAGUUGCGCUGCCAUUUGGAGUUUUCGAGAAGGUUCUUUCAGAUAAGAUAAAUCAGGAUGUAGCUAACAACCUGCAGUCUCUGAAGAAAAAAUUGGCCCAAGGAGAAUUCAGUGCCCUUGGUGAAAUACGAAAAACAGUUCUUCAACUAGCACCUCCAGGUCAAUUGGUGAAGGAAUUAGAGGAAAAAAUGCGAGGUGCUGGAAUGCCAUGGCCUGGUGACGAAGGUGAACAUCGGUGGGAGCAAGCAUGGAUGGCGAUCAAAAGGGUGUGGGCAUCAAAAUGGAAUGAGAGAGCAUAUUUCAGCACCCGCAAAGUGAAGCUGGAUCAUGACUAUCUCUGCAUGGCUGUCUUAAUCCAAGAGAUAAUAAAUGCGGACUAUGCAUUCGUGAUUCAUACUACUAAUCCAUCAACUGGAGACUCAUCAGAGAUAUACACCGAGGUUGUGAAAGGACUGGGAGAGACUCUAGUGGGAGCCUAUCCAGGCCGCGCCUUGAGCUUUGUAUGUAAGAAGAAUGACCUCAACUCUCCCAAGGUAUUGGGCUACCCGAGUAAACCAAUUGGCCUCUUCAUAAGAAGAUCGAUUAUCUUCAGAUCAGAUUCUAACGGUGAAGAUUUAGAAGGUUAUGCUGGUGCAGGACUCUAUGAUAGCGUGCCGAUUGAUGAGGAGGAGAAGGUGGUGCUCGACUACACAUCCGACCCUCUGAUCGUGGAUCGCGGAUUCCGAGACUCGAUCCUUUCUAGCAUAGCUCGGGCAGGGAGUGCCAUUGAGGAGCUCUACGGCUCCCCGCAGGACAUCGAAGGAGUGGUCAAGGAUGGGAAGAUUUUUGUCGUGCAAACGAGACCUCAGAUGUGAUGAUUUACAGUUUUAUCAUCACAGUUUUAUAGUAAUUUCUUCGUCGUUCCAAUUAUUUAGCAGCUUUUUUUAUCCUGAGAAAGAGCAGGUACAGCUGAUACAUAAUUAGUCCACACGAGUGCUGUGAAAACUCUCAAUUAUAGUAAAGAGUUACCGAGGAGGAACCUUGCAUUUCUAUUUAGUUAUAUACGCAAUAAAAGAAACUUCAUCUUCGCAAUUAUGUUAUUUUGUAUCGUAAAAGCAACAGGAGCUGAUGUUGGUAUAAUCUCAGUUAAAGAGAAGGGGUUGAGUAAAUCUUCUUUGCAACAGUUCCAUUUGAAUCAUCUGAGAUGGUGAAAGCCUAAUAGAGGGGUAAUAUUGUAACUUGAAGUUGAAAUUAUCUCAAAUGCUCUUUUUUUUUUUC